AUGGCUGGAAGAAGCCGCCGCUCCUGGCUCAGUGUAUUGCUAGGGCUCAUCCUGGGCUUCAUCCUGGCUUCAAGGCUGAUCCUGCCCCGCGCUUCGGAGCUGAAGAAAGCGGGUCACCGGCGCAAAGCCAGCCCGGAGGGCUGCCGUCUGCAGCAGCAGCAGCAGCUGCAGCUGCAGGAACCACCGCCACCACAGCAGCAGCAGCCCCCCGAGCAGUCGCUCUUCGGCGGGGCGCGCGAGGAUUCCCGGAGCUCGAUGCUUUGGCCUCCGGACCUGGCCGCCGGCGGCCACCCCGACGACCUACCCCGAGCCAAGAACUUUCUUUUCGUGGGAGUCAUGACAGCCCAGAAGUAUCUAGAGAAUAGAGCCGUGGCCGCCUACAAAACAUGGUCCAAGACAAUUCCUGGGAAAGUUGAAUUCUUCUCUAGUGAGGGUUCAGACACAUCCAUACCAAUCCCUAUAGUGCCACUACAGGGUGUGGAUGACUCCUAUCCACCCCAGAAGAAGUCCUUUAUGAUGCUCAAGUACAUGCACGACCACUACUUGGACAAGUAUGAAUGGUUUAUGAGAGCUGAUGAUGAUGUUUACAUCAAAGGAGAUCGUCUUGAGAAUUUUCUAAGGAGUUUGAAUAGCAGUGAACCCCUCUUUCUUGGGCAGACAGGACUGGGCACAACAGAAGAGAUGGGAAAAUUGGCUCUUGAGCCUGGUGAGAACUUCUGCAUGGGAGGUCCUGGUGUGAUCAUGAGCCGAGAGGUCCUUAGAAGAAUGGUACCACACAUUGGAGAAUGCUUGAGAGAAAUGUAUACAACCCAUGAAGAUGUAGAAGUGGGCCGAUGUGUCCGGAGAUUUGCAGGAGUACAAUGUGUCUGGUCUUAUGAGAUGCAGCAGCUGUUUUAUGAGAACUAUGAACAGAACAAAAAGGGUUACAUCCGAGACCUGCACAACAGCAAAAUCCACCGAGCUAUUACUUUACAUCCCAACAAAAAUCCUCCUUACCAAUAUAGACUUCACAGCUACAUGUUGAGCCGCAAAAUAGCUGAACUGCGUCACCGAACCAUACAGCUCCACAGAGAAAUUGUUCUAAUGAGCAAAUACAGUAAUACAGAGAUUCACAAGGAGGAUCUCCAAUUAGGAAUUCCACCUUCUUUUAUGAGGUUUCAGCCACGCCAGCGCGAGGAGAUUUUAGAAUGGGAGUUUCUUACUGGAAAAUACUUAUAUUCUGCUGCUGAUGGUCAACCCCCUAGAAGAGGGAUGGAUUCUUCUCAGAGAGAAGCUUUGGAAGACAUCGUUAUGCAAGUCAUGGAAAUGAUCAAUGCAAAUGCUAAGACCAGGGGGCGCAUUAUCGAUUUCAAGGAAAUACAGUAUGGUUACCGUAGAGUCAAUCCUAUGUAUGGAGCUGAAUACAUUCUCGAUCUUCUACUUCUGUACAAAAAACAUAAAGGGAAAAAAAUGACUGUUCCUGUGAGAAGGCAUGCAUACUUGCAGCAGACCUUCAGUAAGAUCCAGUUUAUGGAGCAUGAAGAAAUGGAUGCCAAAGAAUUGGCCAACAAAAUUAACCAAGAAUCUGGAUCCUUAUCUUUUCUCUCAAAUUCCCUGAAGAUGUUUGUUCCUUUUCAGCUUCCUGGAUCAAAAAAUGAGAACAAAGAACCCAAAGAUACCAAGAUAAAUAUCUUGAUUCCUUUGUCUGGACGAUUUGAUAUGUUUGCGAGAUUUAUGGGGAAUUUUGAAAAGACAUGUCUCAUUCCGAAUCAAAGUGUCAAGCUUGUUGUCCUACUUUUCAAUUCUGACUCUAACCCUGACAAAACAAAACAAGUAGAAUUGAUGAGAGAUUAUCGUGUUAAAUAUCCUAAAGCUGAUAUGCAGAUUUUGCCAGUUUCUGGAGAAUUCUCAAGAGCUCUAGCUCUUGAAGUUGGAUCUUCUCAAUUUAAUAAUGAAUCUUUGCUCUUCUUCUGUGAUGUUGACCUGGUAUUUACUACAGAAUUCCUACAACGAUGUCGAGCAAAUACGGUUUUGGGCCAACAAAUAUAUUUUCCAAUUAUCUUCAGCCAGUAUGAUCCAAAGAUUGUUUAUAGUGGGACAGUUCCCAGUGACAACCAUUUUGCCUUCACUCAAAAAACUGGCUUCUGGAGAAACUAUGGGUUUGGCAUUACUUGUAUUUAUAAGGGAGAUCUUGUUAGAGUAGGUGGCUUUGAUGUUUCAAUUCAAGGUUGGGGACUUGAGGAUGUGGACCUUUUCAACAAAGUGGUUCAAGCUGGUUUGAAGACUUUUAGAAGCCAAGAAGUUGGAGUAGUCCAUGUUCACCAUCCUGUCUUUUGUGAUCCUAAUCUCGAUCCCAAACAGUACAAAAUGUGCUUAGGAUCUAAAGCAUCAACAUAUGGAUCUACACAGCAGUUGGCUGAAUUAUGGCUAGAAAAAAAUGACCCAAGUUAUGGGAAAAGCAGCAAUAAUAAUGGCUCAGUGAGGACAGCCUGAUAUCCAGCUCUGCUGGAUGACUCUUUUUUUAAUUAUCUAAUUUAUUUUUAAAAAUUUUAAUAUGAUAGGUCAUUUUUGAAGUCCACACAAGGAUAUAUUUUAGAAGUGAUUUUCUUACAAAGAACUCCUUAGAGAUUGAGCUUUUUGAACAAAAAUGUGAUCAAUAUUUGCCUUUGAACACAUCUUGUUGAACAUUAUGUAGCAAUCCUGCAUAAUUGUGACUUGAAAUAGAACUAUGACGAACAAAAGACCUUUUUUUUUUAACCUUUUCAUUCCAGACUUCUUUGCUAUGGUUCUGUAGUAGAGAACAUGAACAUUAAUGCAAAGUAUUAUUGUAACAAAACACUGUACCUUUGGUAAAUGUUCUGUUGUGACUGUUAAACAUUGCACAGAUUCUACCUUUUUUCUCAAAAAGAUUUUUAUUUUUUAAAAAAAGCCAUUACAUGUUGAAGUUUAUAAAACAAGGAAGUAUGACAAUAGAUGUGUCAUUAUCUUCAAAAUUACUUUCAAAAGUUAUUUCACCCAAACUGUAAUUUUGUUUGUUGUGAUCAUGUAACUUUUGGGGAGGGGAAGUGGGAAAAGCACAAUAUGUUGUGUGGUUAUUCAUAGCAAUUUGUUUGGCAUUAAAGUCCUAAAUGAAUAUGAAUCAUAUUCCAAGGAGAAUUUAGUAUUUCUCCUUUCCUGGUCCUUUACUUUAAAGCUAAAAGGCAAUGUGUUAAUAUUUAGCCUGGCAAAGCAGAAUUAUUGUUGUAAAUCUAAAGUAUGUAAGGAAACUUUUAAAAAAUUCCCUCCCUAAUGAGGACAGUGGGGGAAAAAUAUACAGUGUUUUGUAUUUCUAAUUGCAUUCACUUUAUCCCAUUUGUGUUAUGUUGAAGAUGAUUAUUUCAUUCUUUGAAAACGGCUUUAUUUUUCUGUAUCUGAUAUACUUUUUAAUUUAUUUAAUAACCAUGACAUAGAUUCCUGUCCUGUUCUUGAAUGCCUGUUAGUCAUUAAUAUUUGUGUGUAUUAGGAGUUUAAAAAAAUCACUGUUAGUGUAUGUCUUCUUUGCAGUAAACUGAUCUCCAAAGAGUUCUUUUGGAAAGUUUUUUUUUUCUUCCCAUAUAUAAUUUGUAGUCUUUCCUUUUUACAACUUAAGUGAUUUUGGACAUUUUUGGUGCUCAGACAUUAAAGGAAAACAAAUCAAAUGGAUCUGCAUAUGAUUGAAUCAGAAAACUUAAAUUUAUUUUAAAAUUACAGGUUGAAUGUGCCUUAAUGAAAGGAAAUCUAGAAUUCAGAUAGUGAUAGAAUUGUCAUUUUAACUAAUUUGAACCUACCUAUGUGUAAAUAGCUGAUUGCUCAGAUGGAAAAACAAAUUAAUGAACAAUAUUUUUUAAUUUUACUUUUUAGCACCAUUUAGUCUCAUUAUUCCUAGUUUAACUGAAGAAUGUUACUAUGUUUGGAGAGGAGGAGUUGGGAUAGCCUACUUGUUUUAAAGACUGACCAAUGAUAAAAUGAUUCUUUGAGCUAUAGUUUUUGUGUGAAAAUAAUUUAUAAGUACUUAUACAUGUAUUUAUUCAGGGAAUGAACUCUCCCUUUGUCUCUUCCCUAUACUAUCUAGUUAACUCUGUGUUCUUGAGAGUUUUAGGAUAGAACUGUAAGGUAAAUUACAUAUUGUUGGCAUAUAAAAUCCAAUAAUAAAAUAACAUACACAGUGAGACCUUUGCUGCCAGGGCUCAGUAAACUUUUGUGGUAUAGUAUUAAACUCCCAAAAUAGGUAUUUACAGCAUAAUUACUGUCAAGUCCCAAGAUAAUAAUAUUGUACUUUCAAUAAGAAUUGCUAUAAUUCGAUAUAAUUGGCAGUCUUCUCAUGCAAAUUUUAGCCUUUCCAGGGGAAAGAACAGAUUAAAAAAGCCUUUAAUGAAUAAAAAGAACUACUUAUUGUUAUUCAUUCUGACAAAGUAGUUUAAUUCCUCUCUUCCCUUCCUCUUCAUAAUAAAUUGUAGAGCUUAAAGGAAAUGAGAUUUUUUUUAAAAGCAGGAUAGUUAUAUUUUGUUCUUUUUUAAACUGAUUAAUAAUUUGUGAUAUUAAGCUUUGCCAAUCUAGGUAAGGACUGAGUCUCAUUUAUCUUGAUAACUUGUGUUUGAGGUUUCUAUAAACUUAGUCUUCCUUAAGUGAAAACUACAAGAUAAAAUUAUCCUCACAUAAACUCAGUUAAUGUGUACUUCUCUUGCACACAUGAUUCUAAAGGGAGAAUUUUAACACAGAUUGCAAAUUCAUUUAAUUUGGGAAAGAUACCCCUGAGUUUUGUUCCCUGUGACCUCUAGAAAUUGUUUCCUCCUGAAGUGGCAUCAAACUCAUAUUGAAACAGGACCACUAACCCCUCUGUAUGCUGCAUAUUGACUUAGAAAACCACAAAAUAUUGUCUCUAUUCCAUUGUAUUUGUAUUUAUCUUAUUAAAUAUUUUCCCAGUUAUGUUUUAAUCUGGUUCAGCAGCUGGGGGUGGGAUGCAGUGUGUUUUGACACUUUUGAUCUAAAGUAUAAAUUGUUUCAAGACAUUAAGAUAAUAUUUAGGGAAUUGCUAUUGUUAUCAGUUGUUAUCCUCAUCCAAUACAAGAAUUAGUACUUUCUAAUUUUACUGCUUCUCAGGAUAGAUGAGAAUAAUUACAGAGACCCCUAACCAGGACCUGAGGCUUUCUAAAAUUCCAUAGCAGUAGUAUAAAAUCUCAGGUGAUGUGGUUUUUCUCCUUCAAAUCUGGGCCAUAGUUUUUACUAACAUCUGUGCCACAGGGUAGCCUCAGAGGCCUCUACCUAGCAUAUCAGCCCUAAACCACUUCUCAGGUAGCUUCUAUAAUGGGCUCCUUGGCAUCUUCCAACUCUGCAAAACUGAUUGUAGAAGGGAACAAGGAGGGCUUUUCUGAGCUUCAGGUCCCAAAUUAUACUUUGUCACUUUCCUUUGUUUCGUGACCAGCUCCUGUUAAAUAAUCCUUUUAGUGAAGGUAAAGAUAUGAUUUCUUUGACAAGGUUUAGAUGAUGUUCUAUCUGGAAUUGAAUAGGGAAUGAGUUUCACAAGUGGUACAAAGCCCUGACCAGCAUUGUAUUUAUUGGGAGUAAAGAGGUUAUGACCUUAAACCAGUCCCUUUCCCUCUGUUCUUAUCAGUUUCUUCCUUUGUUCAAUGAGAGGAGUAGAUAUAACUAAUCUUUUUGACUCUUAAGCUCCUGUGUUCCAGUGGAAACGUGGUUGUGUUGUUAUUACAGAAUAGAUGAUGGAAUCAUGUACUUUGUAAUAUGCAAAUUCCAGGCAGAUAUUUGUAAGCUAUUAUUUCCUGUGGAUAUGAUCCCUUUUCAAGUAAUUGAAGUUUUUUUUAUCUUUUGUAGAGAGCCAAGAUCAACACUUAAGCCCAGAUCAAGAUUUAGUCACCCUAAAUCUUACAUAUAUAUGGUAAUCCUCCCUGUGAAAGCAACCAGUGAAUCUGUGAAAAAUAUGUUCCUUUAACUUAAUGUUUUAGAGAAUAAUGAUUGAAAAAAAAAGUCAAGGUCUAGGAGAAAAGAUAAUGAAAUAUACCUCUCUCCAGACCUGUGCCUUAGCGAACAGCUGUGAGGAUGGCUUAUAGGAUGUCAAAGGUGUUAGGGAGUUCAAAGAUGGGAAAAGAUGAAAAUUACUCAGUGUGCCUUGAGGCAGUAUAAAAUUUUAAAACUAGGAAAAAAUCCUAAAUCAAAAUAAUAGAAAUCUUUUCUUUCCCUGGCUUAAUUAGAUCAUGCAUUUAUCAGCCAAGCUGACAAAUCCUUUUCAAAUAUAUAAGCAAAGUCUAUCUUAAACCUGUUUCCUGCCCAACUUUCUUAGCACAUCUUACCAAACAUUCCAAUCCACAUGGCUGAGACAAAACAGUAAUGCACAGAGAUGCUAGUUCUCUCUAAAUAGCAGAUAAGGAACUAGAUAUUUCUAGUAAAGUAUUUUCAUCAUAAGUAAGAUGUUUCUUGAAUAUUAUUACCCCCAGUUUUACUGUGUAUUUAUCUGAUCACACUACUAUUUUCCCUCAUAUUACUAUGUACAUUCACAUAUGAUGUGUGAUACAUAAGUUUUAUCCUUAUUUCUUGCAUUCUUGAUGAGAUAAUAGAGAAAUGUUGGUCUUUCCUCUAUGUAGCCAAACCUUUUUGGCCCCCUUGAAUAAAAUCUGCAUGUCGGUAAAGGAAA